AUGGCCGUUUUGUCUUUCAAGCAUGGCCUGCACCAGGAAAGUAAGUUGAGACAAUCACUUACCAAGUGCUCGGCCACAACAUUAACAGACUUGCAUGCCAGGAUUGAGCAAUACGCUCGCCUCGAAGAUGAUCAGAUCCCCAUUGAGGUAGUGUUAGCAGAACAAACAGCUCAGCAUAAGAAGAGAACAGAUCGAGGAGAACACAGAGGGAUCGCAGUGAAUAAAGUGGAUAAGUCCAAAUCCCAUGAAGCCGUCGUGACUGUGUUCAAAGAGCCAAUUUAUCGAAUCCUGGAAAAGAUCAAUAGAGAGCCCUUCUUUGUUUGGCCGCCGAAAAUGUUGGGAGAUCCGGCUCGGCGCAAUCAGAAGCUCAGAUGCACUUACCAUCAAGACAGGGGGCACAUGACUCAGAACUGCAGAGCACUGAAACAACACUUGGAAGACUUAGUAGCAGCUGGGCACCUUCGGGAUUACAUUGAUCAGGAUAAGGAAGUGACCGAACCGGGGAGCCCACCACUAGAACCAACUAUUGAGCAUCCACCUCAGCUGAUAAUAAAUGUGAUCCACAGGACAGCGACUCAGGAACCUGAGGAGACACUGAGAGAAGAGAUUGCUAAGGCUGUGCAAAUCCAACAAGUCAUGUCAGUGGAGCCCGCAUCGAAAAAGGUACGUGCGGUAUCCAAAUCCCCCUUGUGCACUAUUUCAUUUACUAGAAAAGAUUUAGAGGGCAUACAGCACCCACAUACUGAUGCACUGAUUAUAACUGUGGGAAUUGGGAAACGAUUUGAUGUAAAACGAGUCCUGAUAGAUCAAGGCAGUGCAGCAAAUAUAUUGUAUUAUGAUUUGUUCAGAAAGCUUGGUCUCUCCGAGCAGCACCUCACCCCAGUGGCAGCCCCGUUGGUUGGUUUCAAUUCAUAG